UGGUCCUUGCACCACUGUUCCAUAAUUAUUCUAUUUGCAGAAUGACCAGGUCAUCUGCUUUCGCUAUUGUGUAGUGACUGUCAUUAUUGUACCUACAGUACUUAUUUCGCAAUUAAAAUAAUGUAUUUGACAUAAUGAACAUAGUAUGAAUUUUCUGUCUGUCAUUGUUACUUAGUAUGUGUUUUAAUAAUUAUGAACCAAACGACAAAAACUGAUUAACUUUUAUACGUUUCCCAGUGUAUUAAGUUCCCUUGCUUUGGUACAUACGAAAACUCAUUCAGUUUCGCUUCUUGGGUAGGUAUUCUUUGACGCCACUGUGUCUGACAUAAAUAAUGACAAACAUGUGAGAUUAUUUGUGAAUAUAUCUAUCAAUAUUUUAGUAUAAGAUAUUUAUAAAUUUCUUGGGAUUUAAGAAAAAAAUCGUCUGUGAAAUGGGCCAUAAAAGAAAAGGGGUAGUCAUCGACUACAGAAACAUUCCAACGAUAAAAAAAGCAAAAAAGCGGUUAGGACCACUGUGGUUCUUAUUAUACGAUGUAUGCACGUGCGAUCCUUGUUUGUGUUUGGAGAAAAGGAGAAGGGCAUUUUUCGGCCAUGUUUGGCACUCUCCAAGCGAUACACUGCAGACAAACGUGAUUAUGAAAGCUCCAUUUACCAGAAAAUAUAUACAAGCCACUGCUCACAAGAUAAUAUCAAAUAUCGGAACAAAAUUGGAACAAGACAUUCUUGAACAAUACGAAAUAGAAAAACAAGAAGCUUUGAUACUACAAAAACAAAUACUAGCCAAACAGUUCCAAGACAGUAUCAUCGAACAAAUCAAAGAUGCUGAAGCCGUUGAAAGAACCGCGUGUCACAGAGAACUGCAAAGACUUCAAGAGCAAUUAGAAUUUAAACUGGUAGACGACAUAGAGGAUUUAGAAAAAAAAAUGGAAAAGGAGUUCCAGGACUACAGCAAACAACACAAUGAUGAAUUGGGGCAAAAAUGGGAACGUAAAUUGGAAAAGGCUGUCGAAAAAACUACGAAAAAAGUAACCAAAACAUUGUUACACGAACUAGCUAGACAAGAAGAAGUUUUAGAAAAGCAUUUCCAAAUUGAAUUUAAGAAAAAAGAACUAAUAAAGCAGUACGAAGUAGAAAAACAAUCAGCGGAAUUUGAGAAAACUCUACAAAUAGAAAAGCAACGUAUCGAAUGUCAAAAUAUUGGAAAUAUGAUGUACCUGUUGUGUAUGGAACGGCAAAAAUGUUUAAACGAGAAGAAAUUAAUCGAAAAACAUUAUUCCAAAAUACAAUCGGACUUAAUUCUUAAGGUUUCGAUACAGAAAAAGAAAAUGGAGACUUUACAAAAAGAGAUAGAAGGCCAAAUACAGCACCUCAAUCUACGCGAAGUCUGCUACCUGGAGGUCAUCAAACAAUAUCAAAAGUUCAUCAACUUUGCGCUACGUUCAGCACCCACCCAAGCUCAAUUCUUGUUAUCCAUCCAAAAGUUAAUGUCAUUCGAACUAUCUGAAAUAUUGCCGAAGGAAAAGGCUCCAGUCCAAAUGCGAUUACCACGUUUAUGCGAUACUAUCUUGCCUUGGCCGCACAACGAGCCGAAUCCAAGUCCGAAAACGGUUUCUGGAUUAGAAUUGACAGACUAUCAUGACUGUUUUAAUGAAUUGGCUAUGCCGAAAAAAGAGGGCGAAACGGAAUUACCUGCAUUCUGCUUUAAAAACAAAUUAUACGUUAGGGAGGAUUUUAGGAAUCUAAUUUCUCAAGGAAUUAAUUUAACACCGAGUCACGACUUAUGGAGCAACGAUCUUGAAAUACUAGUAAACACUCUUAAAAAGUUUGCUAGCGAACCAGAAAUGUUUAAAGGACUUAGUGAAAUGGAUAGGACCGAGCAAAUAUGUUCCAAAGGGAAAAAAGACACUGCUGGAAUGAUGAACGAAAUUUGUGCUAAGAAGAGUCAACUCAAGAAAAAAAAAUCAGAAUAUCGGAAAAGUAGUAUAAGAGAAAAGUCAUCGAUUGACGAAGUUCCACUCAUCGAUCCAAACCAAAUAGGAAUAGUUGAAGCUAAUCCAUACCUGCUAGCCGCAAGUUGUUCGAUAGAAUUAUUGAAGCACAAAGGUACAGUCAACGUCAAAAAACCGUUACCAGUCAUUGAAGAAAAAACAGAGGAAAAACUUAAAGACCAUGAUGAACAAGAAGUUAGAGUAGAAAUUCCAAACCCGGAAAUGCAAGAGUUGAAGAUAUGUGAUAGGGAAAUUAGAACGUCGCUUCCCUUAGAUUCGGACUCGAAGCUUGAAAUCACGACGAAAUCACAAAAAACGAGUUUCUCUAUGUCGGUCAAAAGUUCGGAGAUGCAUAAAAAUCCACCGUUAAUAAAGAAAACUUCUAAAAUUGCCACUGCGAGAGAUUCUGUGGCAAUUCUGAGGGAAUCAAGACAAGCACUAUUGUCUCCGAUAACCAGUGGUAUUUUUCCAAAAAAAGAAGAAGAAAGGAAAAAUCAUCAUCAAAUCAUGUCCUUCCGAGAUAUCUGUUGUGAAAAAUGUUUGAAACAAAGGGGCUUAGAAUUGGAGGAAGUCAAAUACACUAAAAUUAUAUCAUCGGACGAGUCACAUAAACGAAAAACUUCUGACUCGCAUGUAUCUGAAAAAAUUAUGAGUACUGUCCAGCCCGAUUAUACGGAAAUGGGUAUUUGUAAAGAACAGUUCUAUCCGAAUAAGUUGGAAAAAUUGUAUAAUUUUCCAAAACCAAAGGAUAAAAAAAUAACGUCCGAACUUAAAAUCAAGCAACAUUUAACACCAGCAAAAAUUCAAGAGAAUAUUGUGGAACACGACGCUGCAUAUGACAAUGAUUAUACAAUACAGAGAAUGCGGUCCUUUAUAUCAGUCAUAAGUGAAAAUCCUAAACUAAUUAAAUUAUUUACAGCUUGCCAGCAAUAAUCCAAAAAAGGGUCAAUAUCUUAAUAUACGAG